AGAGGAGGAGCGCGGGGCGCCCGACGGCCGGGCGCCCUUCUCAGACCUCUGGGGGCGCCUGGGGCUCCUGCACGCGGACGUCGAGGAGGGCUUCAGCGCCGACCAGGCCCUGCUGAGCGCCAUCAUGUCCUCCUCGAAGGUGGCGGGCGACGAGCGGGUCGAGGUCCGCGCCGCGGACGGGUCCACCGUGGUGGCGACGCGCCCCGGCCUCCUGCUGAGCGACGUGUCGCACGCGGACGUGCUCCAGGCCGAGAGGCUGACGACUCGGGAGGCCCCCGCUGCCGCGAUCGAAAGGUACGGCCGGCGUGCCGUGUGGGGGGGCGGCUCGGUGCUGGCGGCCAGUGGGCUCUUCGUGGCGGGGGAGCUUGCGAAGGGCCCCGAUGGGGUCCCGCGCUGGCACAACCUGCUCUACCUGCCCGAUCUGUGAGGCCCCCUCCUUCCUCCGCUUCCUCCUGCUCCUCUUCUCCUCGAUCCUC